UACAAAUGUCAUGCAGCCAGAUCCCAGGGCUGAAUUUCCAAGCCCUGAAUCUGACUUCAUAACAUAAACAUGCGAGCACCUGGCGGGAGAAGAUAAAAUGAGCCUGGGAACUCAGGGGUGAAAGUAUAAACAAUUAUAAUUGCUGUAGUGUGGGGGGGAUAGAAACCUUGGUGGAAAUGUGAUCCAGAAGGUGGGGUUUGAUGAUGAUAUUUGCGUGUGAUAUUACGUUGCAUCAGAAGUGAUAAAAUUAGAUGUAUGUAAACAUUAGGUCAUUCUCGACUUUUCCAAAGUCAUGUAUUCUUCAAUAAAGAUUGUGUUUGAGAGCAGCUGUCUUUGAUCUGCGUUCAGACUGGUCCUUUGAAGUAAGCCUGACAUUAAAGUCGAGAAUCCCAUUUCUCACCCUCCUGCGGAAUUCGCAGUGAAGUGAUAAUGAGCGAGGGAGAAGAUCAAAGCCCAAAUGAGGCAGAGAGGCCUUUGCAAGGGGCCCGGCCGAAGAGAGAAGAGACGCUGCAAGCCAUAGCUUCCUCUACGGGGUACCCCAAGCCGAACGGCGUGACCCAGAGAAUUCCCAGGCUCGGAAGAGGCGUCUCUGCGGCUGCAGAAACCAGUUGGGGAUCUGGAGGAAGUAUGCCGGAGACCGUGGCCCUGCGGUUAUCCAUCCUGGAAACUAAUUUAUCCAGGCUGUCGGAAACCGUGGGGAGAUUGGUGCCAUUAUUGGAAGAGAAUCUCCAGAAGGAGGCCAGCCGAUAUGGCGCCGAGAGAGAACCAAGCAAAGAAGGAGAUUGGAGCCAGAGGGGCCAGCGGGCGUCAACGCAGAGUCCCGUGGCGGCAAGGGACGAGGGAGAUGAGGAAUACUGGCAGGAGCUGCAGUUCCGGGACAGCAUGGCGCGAGAAGUGGAGCGUCAGCGAGCCCUGGGGACCCUGAGGCCGCCGUCUCCAACAGAGCUCCCAACCCCCCGAAUGGGCGUCGGGGUGGAAAGGCCACUGGGGCCAGGGAUCGGGUCCAGUGGAUUCGCAGACGAAGGCGGAGAGGAGCGGGGGGUCCAGGAAGAGGAGGAGGAUGUGCCGUACGACGAGGAAAGGCGAGAUGAGGGGGCUACAGCUAGGCCAGUAUGCGGAUGGGCGGAAGGGCCGACAGCGGCGGCAGACUUCCAGGAGCCACGCAGAAUGACCACCGGAGUGGGGCGCGGCGUGUUCCAAGGAGCCGCCCGAGGAAACCUGAUGCAACCCUUCCCCAUGCCGCCCAGACAACAUCAAAGGGCUGCAGAAUGGAUGCCUAGAAGGGAAGAUCUCAAGCUGGAAUACGGAGGGGAAUCAGAUGAACUGAACUUUUUUCUAAUUAGCAUUAGAGGAUACAUGGAAGACAACGCACACACAUUUCCCUCCGAAGCAAGCAGGGUUCGAGCCAUCGGCAACACACUAAAGCGAGGAGCGGCCAGCUGGUAUGUGCAUUGCAUGCCAGACGCGACCCAUGCCUGAGGUCAGUGCCCCGCUUCCUCGCCGCACUGGAAAACCGGUUCAGAGACCGGCUAGAGCAAUUGAGGGCUCGAGACCAGCUGAAAGGAAUAAAACAGAGGGACAAAACGGUGCCCGAGUACGCAGAGGAAUUCCUCCACCUCGCGGAAAGGGUACCGGAGUGGUCUGAAGUAACCAAAGUGGAACUAUUUAAAGAGGGACUACGCCCCGAGAUUUUCAGCUGGGCAGCGCACAGAGACGACCCCGAGACGCUCCAGGGAUGGAUUCAACUAGCGGGGCGCGUCGAAUCUACCCUGGCCCAAGUAAAGCGCUUCAGGAGCAGCAGCGGCCAGCAAAGACCGGUGGCGAGAGGUCGAGGAGAAACGAGGAAGCAAGAAAGACCCGGAGGGAGGCCGGGGAUUCCCUCCAGAGGAGACGACAACAAACCUAAACCGGGAUGCUUUGUAUGUGGGAAGACGGGCCACCGAGCAGCGGAAUGCUGGGCCCGGAAGGGGGAGCCGCCAAAAGCCCCAAAACCCAAGCCAGCAACCGGGAGGCGUGCGGAGGAGGAGGUGCAGGCCCCAGAAUCUUCGGAAAGAUUGGACUAUGGUGAAAGAAGAACCGAAGAGGAGGACGAAGAAAACGGGGGCGCCAUGUCAUGCAGCCAGAUCCCAGGGCUGAAUUUCCAAGCCCUGAAUCUGACUUCAUAACAUAAACAUGCGAGCACCUGGCGGGAGAAGAUAAAAUGAGCCUGGGAACUCAGGGGUGAAAGUAUAAACAAUUAUAAUUGCUGUAGUGUGGGGGGGAUAGAAACCUUGGUGGAAAUGUGAUCCAGAAGGUGGGGUUUGAUGAUGAUAUUUGCGUGUGAUAUUACGUUGCAUCAGAAGUGAUAAAAUUAGAUGUAUGUAAACAUUAGGUCAUUCUCGACUUUUCCAAAGUCAUGUAUUCUUCAAUAAAGAUUGUGUUUGAGAGCAGCUGUC